AUGAGUAAACCAGUAUAUGAAAACAUCCCAAUCAUCGAUCUUUCACUGUUUGAAACAGACCAACAAUCUUGCGUUCAACAAACUAAGGACGCCUGUGAAAAUUUAGGUUUCUUUUACUUAAAAAAUCAUGGAAUAAGUCAAGAAAAAAUUGCCGAAAUAUUCAAUAUUUCAAAGCUUUACUUUGAACAACAUUCUUACGAAGAAAAGAUGAAGUAUGCUUUGAACGAACAUUAUCAUGGAUAUGCUGAGAGCCGUAAAGAAAAUCUUGAUAUUACAAGAAAAAAUGGUGAUGUCAAAGAAUCUUUUACUCUCGGAGAAUUUAAUGACAAGAAUGAAGCAAAGACGCAAAUUUUACCUCCAUUCUUUAAGGAAAAGGCAGAAUUUAUUGCAUCAUUUUUCAGGGAAUGUCAUGGCUUAUGUUUGAAAAUUUUUCAAAUAUUCGCAAUCGCAUUAGAAAUUCAUCAAUCUGAAGGUGGAAUGCAUUGGUUUGAAGAAAGACAUCUUUCAGAUACUAACAGCUGCAUGCGUUUUAAUCAUUAUCCUCCGAUGGACAAGUUUGAUCCUGAAGAAAUACGUGCUGGAAGUCAUACAGAUUAUGGUUCAAUAACACUCCUCUUUCAAAAAGACGUUGGUGGCCUAGAAAUUCAACCACCUGAUACUGAUAAAUGGUUCCCUGUUCCAGCCAUUCCAAAUCAUAUAUUGAUCAAUAUUGGCGAUUGUUUUAGUUUUUGGACAAAAGGCAAAUUUAAAUCUAUUAUGCAUCGAGUUUCAUUUAACAAUGAAAAUUUUAGUUUAGAUAGGCAUAGUAUUGCGUAUUUCUGUACUGCUGGAUCUGAUAUUAAAUUAGAUCCAAUUCCUUCAAAAUUUAUACCUACAAAUGAAAACGAUAAGGAUGACAAAAUUUUAACUGCCGGCGAGCAUUUGAUGCGUAGAGCUAGUGCCGCAUAUGGCAGCUAUUAA